AUUGUUGCGAAAAAAAAAACUGAGCUCUUCCUCCCUCUCAUCGCAGCACGGCGGCGUCCGGCGUCCGUACGUCGACUCACUCAUCGAUGUCCGCGUCCCCAGUGACGACACGGGCGGUAUGGACAUCCUCUUAGAGACGACGAGAUGGUGAGCCUUGUGUCAGAGUUCCUCGGCGGGGGCGCGGAUACGAUCGUGGCCAUCAUCGAAUGGACGCUCGCUCACCUCGUCAUCCAGCCAGAGGUCCAAGGCAAGCUGCGUCGCGAGGUUGACGCCGUGGACACGGUCUCCGUCGACAAGAGCCUCCGCAAGAUGCCGUACCUGCACGCGGUCGUGCUGGAGAGCCUCCGGAUGCACCCAUCGGUGCCGUUCGUCCCACGCCGAGUCCGCGCCGAGGACGCUACGUUGCUGGGCGAAACCACCGUGCCGACCGGCGACUUCAACGUGCGGUUUUUUGUGGGGGACAUCGGGAGAGACAGGAAGACAUGGACGGAUCCCGACGAGUUCCAGCCUGAGCGGUUCCUGGCCGGAGGCGAGGCGGAGGGCGUUGGGCCAUCGGCAGGUCCCAAGGAGAUGAAGAUGAUGCCGUUUGGUGCGGGGCAUGGGUUCUGCCCGGGCAUGGGUCUGGCCAUGGUGAACAUCAAGUGCUUCUUGGCAACGCUCGUGCGUGAGUUCGAGUGGGCGCCGCCGGCGGAGGGCGGCGGCGGGGUCGACAUGAAUGACCCCAACGUGUUCUUCAAGGUGAUGAAGAAGCCACUUUCCACCCGUGUUACACGACGCACCCGUUCCGUGUAGAGUAUCAGCUGCACAUGUGUGUCCUCGAUGGCUCAUCAGCUAACCUACUUUCAGUUCGCCAGCUAG